UAUCUCUGCUCCGUUUGGUCAAAAAGUUACCAGCUGGUUUGGUCUCGUCGGCGGUAAGCCGGUGUUCCAAAAGCUGCCUUUUCAAAAAAUCCAAAAUGGUGCGUCGAUGGCCUGCAGGACUGACUGCAAUCGCACACAUAAGUUUGCUGCUAUGCAUCCUUUGGUUAUCCGUGUAUCCAGGCUGUGCUGCCAGGAGAAGGAAUACAGACUCUACCGACACCUUGGUAAACCUGAAUGGUUUCAUGUUGUCCACCGAUGCUCCUGAUAUUAAUGACGUUUCUCCAAUGUGUUUGUAUGAGCUUCAGAAGUUGCGGAAUGAAACAGCAGAACUAGUGCCAGUCCUGGAUUCUUUUGGCAAACCUGCGUCAGGUAUUCUGGCCGGCAACCUUGCCUGGUUGGGUCACUUUGAUCAGUGCAUGGCAGUAGAGAGCUUUCGACACUGUCUGGUGGGAAUGGGGGCCAACCUGAGCACGCUCUUAGGUGUCUCUACGGUACUUCCCAUUCAGUGGGGUGUGUGUGCCCCAGAGGUUUGCAGUGAGGAAGAUGUGAGAAAUAGUCUGGAACUUCUGCUUGGUAAGCUUGGAGUUAUUCACCUGAAAAAGGGUGUGGUUCUGUUGGAUGUACCCUGGUUGACCAUCAAGAACCUAGUAAGUUCCGCUGUCUCCUGUACUGAAAAGCCCAACACAAACUUUGAUAUAGGCUUCAUCUUAACCUGUGUCGCUAUCAGUACGCUUGUUGCCCUGACGAUAGUGGGCUCUGUGGUAGACUACUGCCUCAAGAGUUCAUCUCAAGCCGGCAGCAGUAACCCAUCAGGGGAAGCCAAUGGGAACUUUUCAGCCAGUGGAGGUCAAGGGUCAUCACGGCAGCGACACAGCAAAGCAUCCAACCUCUACGAGAAGCUGUCUGUUGACUAUGAAGAUGAAAAUGAGAUGAACAGUGAAGAUAAGAGUAGUUCGCCUAAUAAUCCCCAGACUGAAAAGACGCCUUUAUUAUCUUCAGGAAUACCCCCAAGGUCCACCACUGUCCUCUCAGUUGAUGUAAAACAUGAGACACAACCAAAUGUCUUGGUACGAGUGCUGCUUUGUUUCGCGAUGUCUCGUAACCUGCCCAAGCUUCUGAACACCAAGCAGGCAGAGGGCAGUAUAUCUUGUUUGAAUGGAAUCCGUGUCAUCAGCAUAUCUUGGGUCAUAUUGGGUCACACGCUAAUCUUCAUCUUGCAGGCCCAAACAAGUGAGAAUAUUGUAUCAGCCAUUGGUAGAUGGUUGGAUAACUUUGCAUUCCAAGCUAUCGCCAAUGCAUUUUUAGGAGUAGAUACCUUCUUCUUUCUGAGUGGGAUGCUACUGGCUUAUCACACCUUGAAGAAAAUGAAAGAGACAGGAGGCAAGAUACCUUGGCUCUGGUACUAUAUCCAUCGAUACAUCAGGUUAACACCAACCCUAGCUCUCCUGAUCGUUGUGUUAACAUUCCUGCUACCAAACCUCAACCAGGGUCCCGUCUGGUUCAGGUUGGACAGGACCAUCGGAUUUUGCAAGAGUUAUUGGUGGUCAGAUCUUCUAUACAUCAAUAACUUUGUGCAAGAAGGUCAGAAAGAUUGUGUAUCCUGGGGAUGGUACCUAGCCAAUGACAUGCAGUUUUUCAUCAUUAGUCCACUCUUCAUAAUUCCUUUGUUCUGGUUCCCUGUACUUGGUAUGAUUGCUUUGGCUGUAGUCUGUGCAGCUAGCUUCAUUACAACCUCAGUUCUCGUCUAUCAGAAUGAUUUUCUUCCAGGCUUCUUUCUUUCCAUCGCUGGAGCUUUUGCCGGUGGCUCUGGAACUGGCUUAAGCAGCAACCUUGAUUUUCAGAAAAUGGUAUAUGUGAAACCAUACUGCCGCAUCCCGCCAUACCUUGUUGGCAUAGCGAUGGGACACUUCAUUUGUGAGAUUGAGAGUCGGAGGAGACGGAUCAAAUUGUCACCAGUAUUUGCAGCUGCAGGAUGGGCCAUCGCAGGGGGUCUCGGGAUGGCGGUAGUCUAUGGUCUAUACGAUAUUAACAGAGGGGCAUCUACACCAACCAUGGCUACCAGCAUUGCUUAUAACAGCUUCUCUACCUUUACAUGGGCUAUUGCACUCUGCUGGGUGGUGUUUGCAUGUCACUAUGGUUACGGGGGCUUCAUCAAUGACUUCUUGAGCUGGUCUUUCUGGGUCCCUUUAAGUCGGCUCACAUACUCAACAUACCUCUUUCAUCCUGUUGUCAUUUACGUCUAUAGCUUUGCUCAGGCUGUGCCUUUUCAUUGGUCUAUGAUUAACCAAGUCUACAUGUUUGCAUCGUUCCUAUUCCUGGCUCAUGUCCUGGCCUUACUGGUAACCCUUACCAUAGAGUUCCCUGUCGGCAACCUGGAGAAGAUGCUUCGAGGCGCAUUCACCCGCGAGAGGUCAGGUCAGAGGUCAAAGUGAUUCCAAACCCUGAUAUGGUAUCGAGUCGAAAGGUCUCCAAAGGCGCAUCAUUUUGUAUGGGACAGUGGGAGGAUCUCUGAGUAACUCCGGGUGAAUUGCUGUGUGCCCAACACAAGGGCAUGAAUUCAAACUUUUUAUCAAAUUUUUCAAUUUUGUUAGUCAUGUAUUAAAGUAAGGAUAAAUCUUUUCAUGCCUUUGCAACGAAGUAGCCGGAGGCAUUAUGUUUUAGUUGUUCUACCGUAUAUCAAAAAGUCUGGGUGCGGCCUUUGCGCAAUAACUAAAAACGCCUUUGUUACAGUACUAGCAUAAAUAUCAAUGAAGAUUUGCUAAAUUACGAUCUUUUUUUAGAUAAACUGUAAAUUUAUAAGCAUAUUGAUGAUUUUGGUAUCAGUUUGUAGAAAAAACAGUGUUCUACAAGAAAAUUAAGAUUAUUUUGUUUGGUCCGUUUUUUUUUUUUUCCUUUGUCCUUUUUUUUUUUUUCCUUUGUCCUUUUUUUUCUUUUUUCCCUCUACAAAAUGUCAGUAACAGAAUAAGUUGGAAAAAAAAAAUGACAUCAACUUAUUUUAGUUUCCCUUUUUUGAUUUUUCGACUUGGCUUGUCUCUUUGAUACUGUUUGAAAUGAAUUUUUAUGUAACUUUUCACAUAAAUUAUAUUUGCAUAAAUUUGUAUGAUUGCAUGUAGUUUUUAUUACAUUUUUGAUAUUGUAAUGACCUACCGGUAUGGUCUUUAUAUGAAGAUGGAAAUAAAGGAACAGCAAUAUAUGUCAUAUAAUUUUAUAUUUCAAGUUUGAGUCAUUUUUUUAAACAUUUUUGAUGGCUCAUGUAUUUUAAAGAAAAUAUAUUUUAACAUUUAAUUAGUUGUGUUCAGGAUAUUUCUGAUAAUAGCUUGAAAUUGGUUAAAGGUUUGUCGUGUAUAUUAAAGUACAACUAUUUGUGUCAUGAAUAUAACAUCUUGUAUACAAUUUUUGUGCUGGAAGCAGUUUAAGAUUACCCUUAUAUCUUUACAUUGUUUUUACACUUUUUUGUUGUUGGUCUAAGCACUUGAAAUCGAAGAAUCGCUAAUUCAUUUUGAAUAACAUGAGGCACUGCUGUUGGAAUUAUGUUUUGAAUUUUAUCGGUGAUACAUUCAUAAACAAGGUGGCAAGACCAAAUUGCUAAUCACAGCAAAGAUUGUAAUUUAUCCGAUGAUUGUAUUCAAAAUGAUAAAGAUUCUAGAGCAUGCACCAUGCCAAAUGUCAAGAAGUACUAACUAGCUUCCAAUGUUUAAUUUGAUUUAAAUAUUACUUUACGUUAUACUGUAUGAGACAUACGGUAAUGAUCAAAUACAAUGGAUAUAUGUCAGUGUAUGUGCAAUUCCGCACAGGUAGGAAGAAAGUUACAAAGGCAUUUUUGCUAUAAUUUUGCAUAGCAUGGCUAUUAAAGUGCUGUGAUGGAUUGUAGGGUGAUUAUAUAGGAGCACUAAAAUCAAAUAGUACCAUUUUCCUCCUUUUUUCCCCCCUUGUUUUUCCCCCGCUUGCUUCCGUAUUGAAGUAAAAUGUGGAAUUGUGCAAAUCUUACUACCAUGUGAAAAUGCUGUUGACGGUAUAUAUUCUAUCAUGAAAGCAAUGUAAAUUUUGCAUACUUUUAUAUGAAUUGUAACUAUAUUUUUGACAAAUACCUGCCCAUCAUCCUCAUGAAUUAUGUUGUAUAUGGACUAAUCGUUUUGAUUGUGCUCAAUGAAGAUUUUUUAACAUGGAGUUUUUAGUAACUUGAUAUUCUAGAAGAAAAUGUAAUGCUAUGAAUUACGUGUGCAGCUCAAUUUUAUUGUUGAUAUUGAAAGUAAACCAAAUUCUUUUUCAAACAAGGGAAAUGGUUCCACUAUUUUGUCGCUUUAUUUAAAUAAUUCUCUGCUACUGUAAGUGUGUUUGAUUUUUCUUUAAAAUAUACAUUUGGUGAACAUAACUUACUGUAAAAGUGAUGUUGGUCAUUUAGAUGUGUAUGAUCAAAUAGGAAUUGACUUCACAGUUUAGUCAAAAGUCAACUUAGUGGCAUAGCAUAGUUCAGCUAUUUCCUGUUUAUUCAUAUAUCCCCAUAUCCUGGUCAAUUUCUCCUUUCUUUCUUUUUCCUUUAUUUUGGCCCCCUC